CCGGGCCGCGGGCCGGGCGGGUGGGCGGAGAGCGCGGAGGGGCGAGGCCCGGCUGCAGGGGCCGCUCUGCCCAGGGGGAGCCCGCGCCCCGCUCAGCCUUGCAGCCCCGCGCCCUGAGCAUCUCCCCGGAGGAACGGAGACAAAGGAGGAUUCAUGUCCAAAGGGCUCCCAGAGACCAGGACGGACGCAGCCAUGUCAGAGCUGGUGCCUGAGCCCAGGCCUAAGCCGGCAGUGCCCAUGAAACCUGUCAGCAUCAACUCCAACCUGCUCGGCUACAUUGGCAUUGACACCAUCAUUGAGCAGAUGCGCAAGAAAACCAUGAAGACUGGUUUCGACUUCAACAUCAUGGUGGUCGGUCAGAGUGGACUGGGCAAGUCAACGCUGGUCAACACACUCUUCAAAUCCCAGGUGAGCCGCAAGGCCUCCAGCUGGAACCGGGAGGAGAAGAUUCCCAAGACCGUGGAGAUCAAAGCUAUUGGGCACGUGAUAGAGGAAGGCGGGGUCAAAAUGAAGCUGACCGUCAUUGACACUCCGGGCUUCGGAGACCAGAUCAACAAUGAAAACUGCUGGGAGCCCAUUGAGAAGUACAUCAAUGAACAGUACGAGAAGUUCCUGAAGGAGGAGGUCAACAUCGCCAGGAAGAAACGGAUCCCCGACACUCGCGUCCACUGCUGCCUCUACUUCAUCUCCCCCACGGGACACUCCUUGCGACCCCUCGAUCUGGAGUUCAUGAAGCACCUCAGCAAAGUUGUGAACAUCAUUCCGGUCAUUGCUAAGGCUGACACCAUGACCCUGGAGGAGAAGUCUGAAUUCAAGCAAAGGGUCCGAAAGGAGCUUGAAGUGAAUGGCAUUGAGUUUUACCCCCAGAAGGAAUUUGAUGAGGAUUUGGAGGACAAGACAGAGAAUGACAAAAUCCGGCAGGAAAGCAUGCCGUUCGCUGUAGUGGGAAGCGACAAGGAGUACCAAGUGAAUGGCAAGCGUGUUCUCGGCAGAAAAACUCCCUGGGGGAUCAUUGAAGUGGAAAACCUCAACCACUGUGAGUUUGCCUUGCUCCGAGACUUUGUCAUCAGGACCCACCUCCAGGACCUCAAGGAAGUGACACACAACAUCCACUACGAGACCUACAGGGCCAAGCGGCUCAAUGACAAUGGAGGCCUCCCUCCGGGAGAAGGCCUCCUGGGCACUGUCCUUCCACCUGUGCCAGCCACCCCCUGCCCCACUGCUGAAUGAAGGCCAUUUCAAGCACUGCUUCUCCCUCCAUUCCUCCCAGCUCUUAUUGCUGCCGGGCUAUGCCCUUUUUUAGAGCUGUGCUUGCCCAGCCCACCACCACCACAGCCCCCCGUCAGCUCUCAGCAGCUCGGAGGGGCCAGCUGUCUCUUUAGGACAGUUGCUUUCUCCCUGUAUCCAAACCCCUCCCUGCUCCCAGUGGAAUGGAGUUCUCGCCAGCCCAGCCCUCCUCCAUCGUCUGUAUCAGCCGGUCCCAGCCCAUCUGUAGGGGGAAAGAACUCAUCAAGAGCUCCUUCUGCCCUUGGAUACCCAUACCAGCUACUUGUCACCAUCUCCGAAGGGAAAUGGCAUUGCUCCCUGUCCAUUCAUCUGCAUGAGCUACUCUUGGCUUCCUUCAAGGGUCAAGAAAGCAACUUUUCUGCUUGUCAGAUUUGUGGAUGUCAGCCGUGUGAGCCCCAGUGUGGGACAAGGGUGUCUCCUUCAUUGCUUACAGCUUAUUUCUAAUGAUGGGUCACUAUGGAUGUGGGGGGAGCCAGGCCUAGGGUCAUUUUAAAAUAAAAACCACCACUUGUAGCUGGCCCAGAGUUCAGCUUCACACUCACCCCACCCUGUAAGGCAGCCACUUAGAGUGGUUUUCCUGGAGAGACAUCUCUGGAAUUGACUUCCUUACCCUCAAACUUUAAAAAAGAACCAAACACAGACAUAAACCUCCAGAAACCCGUGGGAUGUGAACUCUAGGAAGAAAAAACAAAAAGCACCCUUCUGUCCACUUAGCAAUAAGAGGGAUCUCUUCCCACCUACCCUGACUACUCCUGCUACCUGCUACCCUGACCUUCACCCUGCUAAUGUGAGUAAUGAAUUAGCCUGGCCUCAGUUGGUCACUGUAGGCCAGUGGAAAAUACCCAGUGGAGGGCAAAGCCCCCCAUCAGAUGCAUGAAUGUUUGCGAAUGUUGGCUGCCACUGCCCCACAUACUAUGUCUUUAUGGGAUCCCCCUCCCCGCCCACCUCCGCCAUCUCUACCUGGACACUACUUUCUCAAAGGCUGGUGACUUGUGGGCCAUUCAUCUACAACUAAGUCCUGAUGGAGCAAGAGGCCCAAGCCUAGGGGAUGCAAGAACGACCCGUUUCUUAAAUGUUACCAGUCCCAGCCAACCUUUGGGUGACAUUAUGGUUAAAUUCCCCAAUUGAAAACAAGCCAACAGACACUCCAACUGGUUGUAUAAAUGUUGCUAGACUUUAUGUGUUGUACAACUAAACAUUGCUGUUUGAACAAGAA